CCGUGUGCCACGUGCUGUACGGGGAGAGGCUGGGGCUGCUGCAGGACUUCGUGGACCCCGAGGCUCAGCGCUUCAUCGACGCCGUGGCCCUGAUGUUCCACACCACCUCGCCCAUGCUCUACCUGCCACCCACCCUCCUCCGCCACCUCAACGCCAAGACCUGGCGGGACCACGUCUGGGCCUGGGAUGCCAUCUUCUCCCAGGCUGACAAAUGCAUCCAGAACGUCUACCGGGACCUCCGGCUGCAACGCAAGAGCACCAAGGAGUACGUGGGCAUCCUCUGCAGCCUCAUCAUGCAGGACAAGCUGCCCCUGGACGACAUCAAGGCCAGCGUGACCGAGAUGAUGGCGGGAGGGGUGGACACGACCUCCAUGACUCUGCAGUGGGCCAUGUUUGAGCUGGCUCGGUCCCCGGGGGUCCAGGAGCAGCUGAGGGCUGAGGUCCUGGCUGCCAAGAGGGAGGCAGGGGGGGACAGGGUGAAGAUGCUGAAAACCAUCCGGCUGCUCAAAGCUGCCAUCAAGGAGACCCUCAGGCUGCACCCGGUGGCAGUGACCCUGCAGAGGUACACCACGCAGGAGGUCAUCCUGCAGGGCUACCGCGUGCCCCCCAAGACGCUGGUGCAGGUGGGUCUGUACGCCAUGGGGCGGGACGCCGAGGUGUUCCCGAAGCCGGAGCAGUUCAGCCCGCAGCGCUGGUUGGCGACGGGCCCCAAACACUUCAAGGGCUUGGGCUUCGGUUUCGGCCCCCGGCAGUGCCUGGGGCGCCGCAUCGCCGAGCUGGAGAUGCAGCUCUUCCUCAUGCACAUCCUGGAGAACUUCAAGAUCGAGACCAUGCGGGGGGUGGAGGUGGGCACCAAGUUUGACCUCAUCCUCAUCCCA